ACCAGCAAAAUUCGACUCUCGCCUUCUGCUAUACAAGUACUAGCUAUCGCAUUUUUCUGUUCAGUAGUCUACCUCAAUUCAGACUAGCUAAAUCACAAACCAAAACGAUGAAUACCGAAAAAUGGGUCUUCAAUUUACUGCUUCCAUUUCUUUUCUUCAGAAUUUGCACUUCCAUUGACACCUUAACUCCAAACAAAUCCAUCAAAGACGGCAAAGUUUUGGUAUCCAGUGAUGAAACCUUCGCACUUGGGUUUUUCAGUCUAGGAAAUUCUAGUCGCAGGUAUGUUGGGAUAUGGUAUAACAACAUUCCAGAACAUACUGUUGUUUGGGUAGCCAAUAGGGAAAGCCCAAUCAACGGUACCUCCGGGGUUCUAUCCCUCAACCGGGAAGGAAACUUUGUCAUCUACGAUAGUACCCGAAAUCAUACCGUUUGGCAGACAAAUGUAUCAGCAGUUUCUUAUUCAGCUCGACUCCUAGAUUCCGGGAAUUUGGUGUUGUUCCAAGGAGAUAGUGGGAGUGGUGGCAGUGUUUGGCAAAGUUUUGAUCAUCCUACGAAUACCCUGUUGCCAAACAUGAAGCUUGGGUUGGAUCGGAGGACCGGUCUUGAGCGGUUUCUCACAUCGUGGAAGUCGCAAGACGACCCCAGUACAGGAGAAUACUCCUUUCAGCUUGAACUGAAAGAGUUUCCCCAGUUUAUACUAUUCAAGGGCUCAAGCUGA